AUGAAUUCCGUCGAUGCCUCGGAACAUUACGAACUGGGAGCCACUGACCUGUCCCCAUCCCUCCUCACAGUGAUCAUCGAUACAAAUCCGCACGCCUGGGCCCUCCUCGAAAACUCCCUCCCAUUCUCCAAAGCAGUCGCCAACAUCCUAGUCUUCAUAAACGCCCACCUAGCCUGCAACUACGCAAACGAAGUAGCAGUGGUAGCCUCACACAGCCAAAAAGCCGCCUGGCUCUACCCAUCUCAAAAUGCCCCAACUAACCUGGCCAACGCCGACCAAGACGGCGACGUCCAAAUGAACGGCAACACACCAACCCCGCAAACAAACAAGUACCGACCCUUCCGCAUAGUCGAAGAACAAGUGACCCGCAACCUCAAAGACCUAAUAGACUCCACAACCGGCGAUGACCUCCGCAGCAACAUGUCAACAAUGCUAGCAGGUGCCCUAACACUCGCACUGAGCAACAUAAACAGACGCACAAUCGCCUGGGCCGAGGAACACGGCGGUGCAGCCCUAGAAGACGCAGCCGCUGAAGGCGGUGCAAGCGGCGGCGGCGGAGGCGGCGGAGUAGCCGCCGCGCCGAACAGAUACUCCGCUUCCAACGAAGAUGAACGCCUCCAAAGCCGGAUCUUGAUCGUGUCUGUCAGUGGGUCUUCCGAUUCCGCGCACCAGUACAUACCCAUCAUGAACAGUAUAUUUGCUUGUCAGCGGCUACACAUCCCCAUUGAUGUCUGCAAGCUCAGUGGUGAUGCGGUAUUCCUGCAGCAGGCGUCGGAUGCCACCAAGGGUGUUUAUAUGGCCCUUUCUGAACCGAGGGGGCUGCUGCAGUAUCUCAUGAUGGCUUUUUUGCCUGACCAGCGCUCGCGCAGGCACCUAGUGCUCCCAACUCGGGUGGAUGUUGAUUUCCGCGCUGCGUGCUUUUGUCAUCGGAAGGUUGUAGAUGUUGGGUUCGUGUGUUCUAUUUGUCUUAGUAUUUUCUGUGAGCCGCCUCCUGGGGGUGACUGUAUGACUUGUGGGACGCAUUUGGAUGUUGGGGAUUAUCAUGCUAGGCCUGCUUUGCUGCCGAGGAAAAAGAAGAAGAAGAAGCGUGUUAAUGGGGCUUCUGGGGCUGGGACGCCUAUCUCGACGCCUACACCUGGUCCUUGA